UCCUAGCGUCAAAUUAUGUUUUGUUCAUUUGGACUUUGUAAUUGCAGACAGUGCGUAGUGGACAGGUGGAUAUGUUUUUAAAAAUACCCUGGCUAACAAAGAUGAGGAAAGUUGGGUAUUUGCUCAUGCUGAUGAUGCUGUCGCCGGUGUCCAGCUACUGUCCGCAGGAGAAGACCCACAGCCUGGGUCGCUGCGCCUACCACAUCGAAUGUAUGGAAAACAUCAGAGGUAUACACCUUCAUAAUGAGUGCCUUGAAUCCGCCAACUAUCCAGUCACCGUAGACCUUAAACUCACAAAUGCCGUCGAAAGAUUUGAUUACCGUAUCGAACAGGAUUUCUUAGGUUUCAUCACCUCUCUUACGAUAUCAGCGGAUUGGGCAGAAACAAGUCUCUCUCUCCUGCAAUACACGACUCGGCUUCAAAAACUAAUCUUAAGUAGCAAUAAUAUCGAAAAGAUAACUGGAAAGCCGUUUUACUUCCUCAGUAAUUUGGAAAGCCUGGAUCUAUCCAACAACCAGUUGACUAAUGUCGAUGAACUGUUUCAAUUCGAGCUCCAUCCAAACAAAUUAUUCAAGCUGUCACUAGCUUACAACCGUAUAGAAGAGCUACCUGGAGAUGUUUUCGAAGAGCUUACUUCAUUAAUCGAACUUGAUUUAUCAUACAACAAAAUAACUAAUAUAAACGAAGAGCCCUUUUCGAAUCUAACUAGUUUGGAAACAUUGCGUUUGAACAACAACUUGAUUAAAAAUCUAAACGGAGCUGUUAACAAUCUGCAUAUUCUUAAAAAUUUGUAUUUGAGAGACAAUCAAAUACAAAAUAUUGAUGUUCAAUCACUUAAGAUCAUUACACAUUUGGAAACAUUCGACGUUUCUCGAAAUCAGUUAGAGAAAAUAAAUUCAAUUGUGUUCCUUAGGCACUGGAAGCAUCUGGGUGGCAAAAAAAUAUGUAAAAUUAUUUUAUCGGAUAACCACAUAAAUGUUCUCCCGAAUACUUCGAAGGAGAUAUCGGCGAGAUACACACGCAGCGCUCGCCCUUACAGCGUCGAUGUUCUCACGGAAGUUGAUUUAUCCAACAACGAAAUAAGUGACAUCGAAUAUAACGCAUUCCAAUCGCUGUUUAAAAUGAUCUCUUUAGAUUUAUCGAGAAACAAAAUAAUCGAUUUCGUUGUCAACGCUGAUGAUUUGGAGCAUGUGAAAUAUUUGAAUUUGAGCGGCAACUACAUUGUACGGCUAUAUUUCGAAAGUUUUUCCGCUAUGAAAAAUUUGCAAAACUUGGAUUUGUCUCACAAUUAUUUGGAUUAUAUUCCGGAUCAGACUUUUACGAAUACCUAUAAUCUCAAGAAUGUAAAUAUGACCUAUAACGAAAUCGCCAUAAUUAAAAACUGCACAUAAAAAUGUUCCACCCGG